AUGGAAUGUGCAACAAAACCACCUUCAAACAUAUCAGACAUUGUCUCCAAAUUUGCCAAAGUCUGCAGAUUUAGAUCCAUUGGUGUCUUCUCCACUGAAAAUCCCACCCACAACCACCACCAACCCAUCAAUGAUUUUGGCAACAAUGUCCCAUCACCGGAAGACAGCAGCGAUGCCACGGAAGAGGCAGAGUGCGACAUGGAGAAAAUCCAUCCCAACCCAGUUGAGAUUCAACCCAAAACCACUGAAUGUGCGAACAUGGAGAUCUUGGAGCUGUUUGACUCCAUUUCAGCUCUCAAGUCAGCUUACGUUCGUCUUCAAGAGGCUCAUAUUCCGUAUGACCCAGAUAAGAUCAAAUCUGCCAAUGAACUUGUUGUGGCUCAUCUUGAAUCGAUAUGCAAGAUUAAGCGUGCCUAUAAAGAGAAACAGUUCAAGGAAAUCAAUUCAAUUUCAGCUUCUUCUGCUCUGCUACUAGCAGAGAUUCAUGUCCAGGAGAGCCUGUUGGAGAAAUUGAAGUUCCAAGUCAAAAUAAAGAACUCUGAAAUACUUAAUUUGAAGGAAGAGCUUCAGGAUUUGGAUUUGCAGAACAGAAUGCUAGUCCAAGUGUUGAAGAAAGAAAGAGAGGCUAUUAAGUUUUUGAAUUUGUCUUCAUUUGAGGACAUCUUCAAAGAGGCUUCAAAGGCCAUUCAUGACUUUGCAAAGCCGCUAAUUAGCUUGAUGAAAGCUUCAGGUUGGGAUCUAGACCGGGCCGCGGACUCAAUUGAAGCGUCUGUGGUGUAUGCUAAAAGGUCCCACAAAAAAUAUGCAUUUGAAGCUUACAUUGCCCGGAGGAUGUUCCAUGGAAUGCCACUCCAAUCCUACAAUGUUGAUAGCAUAUUGAGAUCUGAUGACCCAAUUGAUGAUCUAAUUAAAGACCCAUGUUCAAACUUUGCGAAGUUCUGUGGAACCAAGUACCUGUGUCUCAUUCAUCCAACAAUGGAAGCAUCUUUCUUUGGGAAUUUGGAUCACAGGACAUUUGUGUUGAGUGGAAAGCAUCCUAGGACACUGUUCUACCAAGCGUACGUUAAAAUGGCGAAGUGGGUCUGGGUUCUUCGAGGAAUCGCUGCCUCAUGUGAAUCCAAUGCUGAAAUGUAUGGAGUCAAGCGAGGAAGCGAAUUCUCAGAUAUUUACAUGGAAGGUGUGGAGGAGCUAACAGAUAACAUUGUAGUUUCAGAUGAAGGAAGAUCAAGAUUCAAAGUUGAGUUUAUGGUUAUGCCCGGGUUUAGAAUUGGAGAGACAUUGGUCAGGUCUCGGGUUUAUCUCUCAACAAUGAGAUCCUCAAAUUGUAAAUGCUAG